GCAAAUUUAUCUUUUAGGUAGUGAAUUUCUUGGUUCUCCAACGGUGGCACAGCUACCGUCUGGUGUCGAUCUCUUAAAUGCCCUGUUUUUUCGCUGCCCACAUACAUUUCCCAACAUCACCUUCCCCAAACAUAAGUUUAUUCCAUGACCAUACUUAAGCCUUUUCCUUAAUGAUUCCCGAUGCCACCUACAAUACGUGAUAAUACUGAGAGGACCAGGGAAACGAUGACGGACCUCAAAAUUAGGAGCGAGGAUCUUAAGGCAGGAACAGAAACAACUCAGAUCACAGGACACUAUGAAGUCGGGGAAAAGAUUGCUUACCACAAAGCGGAAGUUCGGCUCGUGCGGAAAUUGGACAUCUUCAUCGCACCUGUCAUGAUGCUGCUUAUGUUAAUUAGCUACUUGGAUCGAGGCAACAUCGGGUAUGCAGCAACACAGGGAAUGGUGGAAGAUAUCAAUCUUCAAGGGUCGGAGCUAAAUAUUGCCGUGUCGCUAUUUUAUGUUUUCUACGUUUUAGCCGAAUUUCCCAUAUCCCUUUUCGCGAAACGGCUACAAUUCAACCGAGUCAUACCCGCGGCUGCAUUUGGCUGGGGCCUUGUGUGCCUAUGCAACGGCUUCGUGCAGAACUUCGGAGGACUGGUUGCGUGUCGACUGGUUCUGGGUCUGCUUGAGGGCCUGCUGUUUCCGAGUAUGACUCUCUUGCUGGCGAAUUGGUUCAAGCGGGAGGAGCUUGCUACAAGAGUGUCUUAUUUAUUUAUUGCAUCUGCGCUUGCUGGUGCAUUCGGUGGGCUGAUAGCAUUUGCCAUUCUUUACAUGGAUGGUGCGGCCGGAUAUGCAGGAUGGAGAUGGCUUUACAUCAUCGAAGGAGCAAUUACUAUCUUCAUUGCAUUCUGCUGCAUAUUCCUCAUCCCCGAGAACUAUGAGCGAGCCUACUUUCUCAAUGAGGAGGACAAGAAAAUAAUGCGCCAACGAGCAGAAGAAAUGGAGUCAUACAGCGGUGGAAAAGGGCACUAUAAUAUGAAAGAUGUACGAACAGCCGUGAGUGAUGUCAAAACCUGGGUCCAUGGUGGGAUGCAGAUUUGCGCGGUAACGAUCUUAUAUGGAUUCGGCACUUUCCUACCCAUCAUCUUAAAGAACAGCUUUCACUUCUCCACUAAGCAGGCACAAUACCUUGUGAUCCCUGUCAAUCUCUGGGGCGCAGCGAUCUACUGGGUCGGCGCAAUCAUCUCAGACAAAUACAACGCACGAUUCCUCGUCAUGAUAAUCGCUGCCCCAAUUGGCAUUGCAGGCUACGCGAUCCUUCUAGCCUGGAAGGUCUCUCCCGGCGCUCUCUACUUCGCCACCUUUCUCAUCGCCACGCCGUGCUACCUAUGUGCGGGAACAAACAUCGCCUGGUUAUCUGGCAACUGCGCGCCAGAUGGCAAGAGAGCAGCUAGUCUGGGUGUUCAGCUGACAUUGACGAAUAUCGGAGGGAUUAUAUCGGGACAGAUCUAUCAGAACAAGUCGGCUCCACAAUUUGUGCUGGGAAAUGCGUGGAGUUUGGCGAGUUUGGGUGUUGUCUGGGUGGGGUGUUGGGCGUUGAGAUAUAUUUAUCUGAAACGGGAGGGUUGGAAGCGAGGAAUGAGGGAGAGAUUUGCAAAUGGCCAGUAUGAGAUCCCGGAUCUGUGGAGGUCGACUGAUAGAGAGCCAGAGUAUAAAUAU